CUCUUUUUGCUUAGAAACCCUGCCACGCUCCACUCUCAUACGCCGAGACUUGCGAAUUCAUCAGCAAAAUCCAUUUACCUGCAAAAAACAACCCACAUCGUUUCCUCAACCCCUUCCCAACUUCAUCGACACCAAAACACACUGCCAUUUUCACGACAUCUCAAAGUUCGACAAGAUGGGAAAAGUUCACGGAUCUCUCGCCCGUGCUGGCAAGGUCAAGUCUCAGACCCCUAAGGUUGAGAAGCAAGAGAAGAGCAAGACCCCCAAGGGCCGUGCCAAGAAGAGACUCACAUACACCCGACGAUUCGUCAACGUCACUCUGACUGGUGGCAAGCGCAAGAUGAACCCCAACCCCGGCACAUAAGCUUGAUAUAGCACCCACCCCUUGAGAGCAGCCAUGGCCUUAUUCGAGAGGAUUUGGAAAGCGAAUACACAUCUGAUUCGAUAUUGGUCUGAACAUCCACCUCUAUGGCAUCUGGCAGACAACAGAAACAACCUGCUCUACUGCGAUCAGAAUUGAAUGGGAGACGGUACGGUGGUUACGGAUGCAUAUGGUUUUGCAUCUUUCAUUAGGGAGUCACACGGCAUCAUCGUUCUGGCUUGGUCAUUACUUGCAAGUCUCUCGUCUGUACUUAUGCAGCUAUUGCCCAAAAAGUGGCAAUAAUCAGAGAAUACCUCUUCCUCUGUAUGUUGUUGGCGCCGGUGAAAGUGAUAAUCGUUCGAUACGUCUAUAAUUGGCAAAUUUCGUCAUGGCGUAGGUUUGUCGAUGUUAGUUUGCUUAGGAUAUGUUGAUUCUGGCCCAUGUAACCUUUCUCUGACCACUGUCUCUUCAUCUACUCCGACGGGUCAACAUAUUCCCAUAUUAUAUAAAUAUGAGGACGCGUUAGGUUUGGGUAUAUCUAAGAAGUACCUAGGAAUGAACCCCUUCUGUUUCUAUCAGAUAAAGAGAUAUGAGAGACUUCUUCAAGGAACGUAUACC